GUAUUGCAUUUGCAUGUAUUCGACUAUGAUCGGUUUUCGCGUGACGACUCCAUUGGUGAAGUGUUCCUACCACUAUGUCAGGUUGAUUUCGCUAGCAAGCAAUCAUUUUGGAAAGCACUGAAACCACCGGCUAAGGAUAAAUGCGGUGAAUUGCUUUCAUCGCUUUGCUAUCAUCCAUCAAAUUCAGUACUAACAUUAACAUUGAUUAAAGCGCGAAAUCUGAAAGCAAAAGAUAUCAAUGGCAAAUCAGAUCCAUAUGUUAAAGUCUGGCUACAAUUUGGCGAUAAACGUGUCGAAAAACGAAAGACUCCAAUAUUUAAUUGCACACUCAAUCCUGUCUUUAAUGAGUCAUUUAGUUUCAAUGUACCAUGGGAGAAGAUACGGGAAUGCUCCUUAGAUGUAAUGGUAAUGGAUUUUGAUAAUAUUGGACGAAAUGAGUUAAUUGGAAGAAUUUUAUUGGCUGGAAAAAAUGGCUCUGGUGCUUCCGAAACCAAACACUGGCAAGACAUGAUAUCAAAGCCGCGUCAAACUAUUGUUCAAUGGCAUCGAUUAAAACCAGAGUAAACAUCACAAACACCAGAGACUGUGCGCCGCAAAGCAUCCACGAUGAAACGCGCCUUUCUGCACUACUUAUCAAGCAAUCCAAAAAGCCGUACUAAGCCGCAGUAUAACGAAAAUGCAGACUUAUGAUAAAACUGAAGUCACUUUUCAAAAAAACAUACACCGAGUACAAAUGUCACUAUUGUUGUUAUUGCUGUUUUGGAAUUGGAAGUUGACAGUGCAGUUCUUAACAUACAUAUGUGCAAACGAAAAAAACCAUGACGGAUAAAUGACACGUCUGGGUGGAGAGAACACCAAAUCAGAGACUGGCUCACGAUUGUCUCUGACAAUGUAAAGGGUAGCAUUGACAAAUUUAAGAUUCUGUACAACCCUUGCAAAUACCGUUAAUUCGCAGUUGAUCUGUGAAGAAAAACAUUGUUUGUAAACAAAAUUUUCGCACAAGUUGGAAAAUAUGCCGCUGCUGAAGAAAUUAUGGACACAAGAAAUCGAAGUGAUGACGCAGUGGAUGUAGUUUUAGAUGAAUUGGUUGACAAUAUAUCUGUUGUUAAGGAGUUUCGUCGAGGAAUUUACAGUACAACACUUAGGUUAGACAUUUGGCGCAAUAAUAUUUUGACGACACUGGACGAAGGCCGAUUCCGUGAAACGUUAAUAGAAGAUAGUGACCAGAUAUAGACUCUGGUUGAUUUCAUAAAAAAACAUACAAAUAGUAUGGGAUACCUUUGAUGAGUUGCCGUUUUGUAUUGGAUAUAUUGAUAGAACCGAGAUUAAAUUAGCAGAAUCGCCAAUCGAAGACCAUACAUCGUACUUCUACAGAAUCACAUUUAUUCAAUAAAAGCACAAUUAGUUUGUGACUAUGAACAAGUUUUUACAUAUUGUGAUUUGUCUCCCUGGGAGCUGAGAGCAAAAUGAGCAUUAUUUUUCUUCACAGCAAUGGUUUGCUGCGGAGCCCCUACAGAAGCAACGCAAGGCAGUUGGAUAGAAACGACCAAGUUGCAUUUAAUCUACAGCAUAGCAAAUACCGGGUUAGAGUAGAGCACUGUUUUGGGCUUCUGAAAGAUAGAUUUGGAAGCCUUAAGCAGCUAAGGAUGCGUGUGUUUAACAAAAAAAAAACAUAAAUUAAGCUGCGAUUGGUUUAUAAAAGGUUCUACUUCUUUCGAAGACGGUUUAGAUCCGUCCGUCCAUAUACCCAACAAUG